AUGGAUGAUAUUCAACAACAUUUGUCUUAUUGUUAAGCUUAUGGCAUUUAUUAAACCAAUGGUUUAUUAGUAGUCUGUGCAGGCUAAUUAGUCAUUGGACUCUAAUUGUCUUAUUCAUUUUUUAAUAGCUCUCNAUAGAAAGUAUUCUAAUUAGAUUAUUUCAAUUUAGAAUGCUUAAAUUAUAAGUAUAUAUUACAAUAUUAUAUUAAGAUUAAAUGAAUCCAAUGAGUGAGAUGCAAAAUCAAUGA